AUGCUGUGGAUAUUGAUCGCAGUGACGUGCAUCGAGGUAUCGACCUUUGCCAACGCACAGUCGAGGAAAGCUACUUUUACACAGGAAGAUGGGAACAACGCCGAGUCCGAGCAUCCGAUACCUAUGGAGUCGAUACAAGGGGUGGCAGGACAGAGGGCGAAUUUUCCCUGUAAUAUACAACCCCGUGAGCCGAACGACGCCGUCUCUAUGGUGUUGUGGUUCAAAGAGGGCAGAAGCGAACCGCUCUACAGCUACGACGCGAGGAAUCGACCGUUCGCCAAAGCGAAAGUAUGGAGCGCCGAGACCUUCUGGGGCGACAGGGCGUCUUUCAAAGCGAGCCCACCCGCCCAGCUGACGAUUCGAGACCUGCAGAAGAGCGACGAGGGCGUGUUCCGGUGCAGAGUCGAUUUUCGCAACUCUCCGACCAGGAAUUUCAAGGUCAACUUCACCGUUAUCGUGCCGCCAGCCAAGCCGAUAAUCUACGACGCGAAGAGGAGAGACAUGAGCAAACUACUCGAGGCCUAUCCCGAAGGAGCCGACCUCUUCCUUGUUUGCGAGGUGCACGGAGGUAAACCCAGACCUCGAGUAACGUGGUAUCUGGAGUCGCAGAUAAUUGAUGCGCAGUCGGAGGUUCGGGAGACCCAAGGGCCAGGGGGUGAAACCAACUCUGUAACCAUAAGCAACGUGACGCUGAAGGGUCUCACGAGAAACCACUACCACGCCAAAUUGUUCUGCAAGGCGAGCAAUACUCAUUUAGCACCGCCGCUCACCACCGUUGUCAUCAUCGAACUUUACAUGAAGCCGCUGAAAGUCGAAAUUAUGGGGAAGGACAAGAUCCUAUCGGCAGGGAAGAAGUACGAGACUAGGUGUCAGAGCACGGGAUCAAAGCCGUCGGCCGUUUUAACCUGGUGGAAAGCUUCGAAGCAGCUCAAGAGGACGAUCAGAAACUUUCAGGAGGACGGGACGAGCGUGAGCAUACUGCAAUGGACACCGUCGGCCGAAGACGAGGGAAUGUUUCUCGUGUGUCGGGCGACGAAUCCAAAGCUGCAAGAGGCCGGUAUCGAAGAACGAUGGAAGCUGAAAGUGCACUUUUCCCCUAUCGUCACUCUGAAGAUGGGCUCGUCGUUGAAUCCGAAGAACAUCAAGGAAGGCGAAGACGUUUACUUCGAAUGCAACGUUAGGGCGAAUCCUAGGGCUUACAAAUUGGCGUGGUUUCACGAGGAAGAAGAGCUCCAUUACAACGUCACCGCCGGCAUAGUGCUCUCGGACCACUCUCUGGUGCUUCAGAGUAUAACUCGAGAAUCUGGCGGAAAGUACACCUGCAUGGCCGUCAAUGUCGAGGGUCGCGCUAGUUCUAACACAAUGAAUCUCCAGGUUAUGUUCGCUCCUAUUUGUAAGCACGUUGUAAAUUCCGCCGGUUGGAGGUACCAAAACGCGACACCGCCGCCCUUGAAUCUCCCCGAGGAGAUCCACGGGGCCUUAAAACACGAGACCAUCAGCUUAGUCUGCGAAGUGGAGGCCAACCCAACGUCCGUCACCUUCCACUGGACCUUCAACAGCAGCGGAGAUCUCAACGAUAUUCCGUCCACAAAGUAUACUAACGAAGGCACUUCGAGUAGACUGAAUUACACGCCCUCGUCCGACAUGGAUUACGGGACGUUGGGCUGUUGGGCCAGCAACGUCGUCGGUCCCUCGAAACAGCCCUGUCUCUACCAAGUGAUCGCGGCAGGCAGACCGUACCCGCUGCAAAACUGUACGGCUUACAACCAGACCGGUUCCUGGAUAAGGAUAUCGUGCACGGAGGGAUACGACGGCGGAUUGCCGCAGAAAUUCGUCGCGAUCGUGGACAAACAACGGCUGGAGUCGACGAGCCCUCACUGGGAGCUAGAGCUUCACAAACCGACGACGGUCGCCCUUUACGCGGUCAAUAUGAAGGGCUCCAGCGAUCCGGUGAUCAUGGAACGGGUAGCGCUGAAAGGAGUGGCCAAGUUCACCGGUGAAUCGGUAUCUUCGGUGGACAUGUCGCCGAUUCUGAUUGGCCUAGGCGGUACAGCGACCGGUUUGGGGCUAAUCGUGACCGGGGUGCUGAUGGCGCUUUGGAGAAAACACGCCGCCACCCCGGCGAAACCAAAACCACCCCAACAACCCAGUAUCGCGACUUUCGCUGGCAAAGGCGAAGAGGAAGACGGAAAUCCCGAUCUCAUACCCACGACGGCCUUGACCAAUCAUUUCACAGAUAGAAAGCUUCUACAUUAUGGAUCACUGCCACGAAGGCCGCGUCAUUUGGAAGGACGAGAGAUGUCUCACGAUGUCGUAGAAGAGUCGUCGGAUUAUCCACGAGCAUCGCCAAACACGUUUUACAGUCUCCAGAGGCCGCAACGAUAUUCGGAGACGGUCAUCAGGAGCGCGGCGAUCCAGGAAAGCUGCAUUUAAUAAUAAAAACAACGACAAAGAAAGAGAACGGUCCUGGCGUCGCGCUGGCAAAGGAAAACGAAAUUCAUCGUGGAUCGCG